AAUUGCUAUCAAGAUCCUAUCCAUUCCAAAAAAAGAUCCUAUCCAUUAACUGAUCCCUUUUUACAAGCAAAAUUCCAAAAUUCAGCCAUAACUAAAUCUGGCAAUAAACCAGACAUGACCGCAUGAUUUUCCCUGUCUGAUCACUUCAACAUUUUCUUUUUAUUGAUUUUUCUACUUCCAGUUUCCAAGAUUUUAUAGUACUAAUAUUUUUUUGUUUUCCUAAGAUUUCAACCAAAAAAAAAGAAAAGGUCCUAUGAGCACAUAAUGACGUUGGAAGAAAGGUUAAGUUAGUUAGUGGAGAGAGUGUUCAAAAUGAAACAAGUUUCUUCUAGGAUUUGUCUUCUUUACUCCACUUUUUUCCCCUCCUUUUGGGGAAAGUUUGAUUGCGUUUGAGGAUCCUUAUCAACCAAUUUCUCAUCACAAGGAUUCAAGGGUUUUUGUUGCAGACCGACCAAGAUUGAUUAAAAAAAUCCUCACUUUAUAAUUUUUAGAAGCUGUUGAGAGAAAAUGACCGGAAGGAGUGAAGAGGAUCCAUUCACAAAACCCAUUGGAAGAUGGUCUGUCUUCUUCUAUGGAGUUGGACAUAUGCUUAAUGACAUUACUGCUUCUUGUUGGUUCACUUACCUCCUCCUUUUCUUGACACAAAUUGGUCUCUCCCCUAGAGAUGCAGCCAUUGUUAUGCUUUCUGGCCAAGUUGCUGAUGGGUUUGCUACUAUCUUCACUGGUGAAUUGAUAGAUAGGUUUGGGCAUUUCAAAAUUUGGCAUGCUGCAGGAUCAUUACUAGUUGCAAUCUCUUUUUCCUCGGUUUUUGGAGGUUGUCUGCCUUGUUCAAUCCUUCAUAACGACUCUUUAACCCUCGAAACCUUCUCCUACAGCAUGUUUGCUGCUAUAUUUAACAUAGGAUGGGCUGCUACUCAAGUUUCCCAUAUGGCUAUGGUUAAUUGCAUUUCAUUGAACUCAACAAGCAGAGUAGCUUUAACAAGCUGUCGUAACGCGUUUACUAUGGUUUCUAACCUUGGCUUAUAUGCGAUUGCUUUAGUAGUAUUCGGUGUUAUUAAGGCUGGUUCGAAAGAAGAUACCGAAACACAGUAUCGCUGGAUUGCAAAUUCAUCUAUCUCAAUUGGAUGCUGUUUUGUUAUCAUAUUUCUUAUGGGGACAAAAGAGCCAAGGCUUAGGCUAGAUUUGAAAGAAACUAGCCGUGUGAGAAUACCGUGGGUGUAUUGGUUCCGGAAACUUCUAUACUAUCAAGUCGCUAUGGUUUACCUCCUCACUCGACUUGUAUUGAAUGUUUCUCAGGCUUAUCUUGCAUUCUUCGUUAUUGAUGAUUUGCAAAUGGAUCAAUCCGCUAAAGCUUUGGUUCCUGCAAUUAUAUAUAUCUGCAGCUUUGUUGUAUCGGUUCUGCUUCAGGAGAUUCCAUGGAAUGGGAGACGCUUAAAGGCGUAUUAUACAGCUGGUGGUGUUAUUUGGAUAUUCUGCGGUGCAGCAAUUCUUCUAUUGCCUAGAAACAUAAGUUUUUUCAUGUAUGCUAUAUCCGUCUUUAUUGGCAUCGCGAACGCAUUGAUGAUGGUUACAGCAAUCAGUAUGCAGAGUGUGUUGAUUGGUGCAGAAGUCGGUGGAUGCGCAUUUGUCUGUGGUUCGUUAAGCUUCUUAGACAAGAUGUCUUGUGGGCUUGCUCUAUAUGUUCUUCAGUCACACCAAAGUACUUCACCAAGAACUCAACUAAACAACCACCAACAAAGUGCUUACCUUUCGGUUACAAGAUACGGUUUAGGUCUUGUGCCAGCGUUUUGCUCGUUUGUUGGUGUUACUGUAACGUUCUUUAUGGAGCUUGGUGCUGAUGGAUCACUAUCGAAACCCCUGCGUGAGCCGUUACUAGAAUGAGGAAAUGGUCAUUUGCGGUUCAAACACUAAAAUGCGUUGAUUGUUUCUUUUGAACAUGUUUGAUUUUCAGGUCCACUAAUCUCUUUUACUAUACACGGAAUUUACCAGAUUGGCAGAUUCUUUAGACGACGAUUUUGUACAUAGGGGGAUAGAGAUCACAGUGUGAGUGUGACAUCAAUUACUUGUAUCUGAAGAAAACAUGAAUCUAAGUCUGGGAUCUGCAGUUUGAUUUAUUUGGUUUUUCUUACCAUUGUAAUAUUCACAAAGAUGUUUUAUAUUGGUAACUUCAUAAGGACAUAGAUCAUCA